UCUGGUCGGGUCGAGUCGAGUCGAGUCGAGUCGCUCAUCGACCCAUCAUCUUCAAGGAUAUCAAUUGGACAGAUUCAAUGGUCGAUGCGGUUCUGAGUGCCAAGUAUUGAGGGGUCUUCUCCUUCUUCGCUCGAAGCGAAGAAAAUGGCGGUCCCAUCGUCUUCAGCCUACUCCCCGCUUCACGCUAACACCAACAACUUCAACCUGUGCUCUUCAUCGCCUAGGCUCCUCCGGUUCGGCCUCACUUCCAGGCCCACAAUUACACAAACUAGCUUCCUCGUUCUCGCUCGCAAAUCGGGAAGUGGGUUGGCGGGUGAGGACAAGAGAGAGUUGCUCGAACGUUAUGGUCUCGACCCUGAUGAGUUCUUGUCCGAUCCUUCUCCUAACAAGGCAAGAAGGAGAAAAGAUAUGCAAGACACAGGACAGGGCAAAAGAACUCAGCAGGAGGAUUCCGCACCCCCACGGACCACUCAUAAGCUGCUACAGGUACUUGGAGGGACGGCUCGAAGAAAGAAGUUGCUCUCACCAAAGGGCAUGGAUGUGCGCCCUAUGAUGGAAGUUGUCAAGGCUGCAGCUUUUUCUAUAUUGCAGGCGGCCGGUGGCAGUCCUGCAUCUUUAAGGCCUGGUCGUUGGUUAGAUUUGUACAGUGGUACAGGAUCAGUUGGAAUUGAGGCCAUCAGCCGAGGUUGUUCUCAGGUUCACUUUGUUGAGAUGGAUCCGUGGGUUGUGUCAGAUGUCUUACGACCAAAUUUAGAAUGGACUGGGUUUCUUGAUGCUGCAGUUAUUCACAUGGUCCGUGUGGAAGAUUUUUUAGACCGAGCAGAGCAAUUCGUAGGUAAAGAAGGUUCAUUUGACUACAUAAGCGUUACACCCCCUUAUAUGCAAGUUGACUAUGGAGUAUUGAUGGACCAAAUCUCUAAAUCGCCAUUAGUGGGAGAAGAUUCUUUUGUCGUGGUGGAAUAUCCUCUAAGAACAAACAUGCUGGAUUCUUGUGGAUGCCUCGUAAAGAUAACUGAUCGACGCUUUGGCCGGACGCAUUUGGCAAUUUAUGGGCCUAAGUGGUCCCAAAAAAAGAGGAAGUCGACUUAACUCUGGCUGAUACCUGGAAGUGAUCCAGUGCUACUUCGUUACAGCAAAAUAUGUUGUUAAGCCAUUUACUAUCAACGUCAAGAGUGUUCGGAAUGCCAUGAACGGGUGACAGAAUCCUCUUCCUCUUCCUCUUGAUAUUCAUCACGCUUCAGCAGAGACACGUUUCAGAUUCUUACAUUUCACGUGUUGCAGGUAAGAGUCAUAGCAUUCUUGGCUGGCUUCAAAGUGAGUCUGAGAGGGGAAAGUCAAGUCCAUGAGCCUUGAGCUGAUUCUUUAGAGUAGAUAGGACUUAGGAUCUGCAUAAUCUUUGUAUCACAGUACAGAGGAGUUUCUAUCUUUAUUUUUGCUUGAACUGCAGUACUUGGAGGAGAAAAAAUUUGCUGGGUUUAGUUU